CUGGAGGUGCACUCAUUCAUCACAGCUCCUCCUUCAUAUGAGUCAAUCUGCUGCUCCUCUUCCUUAUGAGCCUUCAGCAUUUUGACUGCUGCUGCCAUUUUUUCUCUGCUGCCUGUUUCCGUCACACAUCUGAAGCACAAUGGCCUCUGGAGUGAAAGUAAGCGAGGAGGUGAAGGACAUCAUCAACCAAAUGAAAGUGGUGAAAAAUGACGCCGACACAAAUGAGCGGCUCAGGCUCGUCACCUUCGAAAUCGCUGAAGGCUUCAUUACGAUAGAUAAAACCUUCCGGCAAAAAGAUUUCGCAGCCGACCAAGACGUCUUCAUGUUCUUCCUGAGUCUGCUGGACGUGAAACUGUGCCGCUACCUGCUGUACGACUGCCACUACGAGACCAAGGAGACGGGCAAGAAGGAAGAGUUGGUGUUUGUGAUGUGGGCUUCUGAAGCUGCACCCAUCAAGGCAAAAAUGCAGUAUGCUAGCUCUAAAGAUUCUCUUAAGAAGGUCAUGACGGGCAUCAAACACGAGCUGCAGAUGAACGACCUUUCAGAUUAUGGAAGCAGGGAGCUAUUUGCAUCCAAAAUGGGGUCAAAUGUCACCACCCUUGAAGGCUGUCGUAUCUGAAUCGGGUCAAACUAUAAUUUGUUUCAAAUUGCGGAUCCUGGCAAUGUCCCCUCCCAAAAUGCUAACGAUUAUAUAAAACUGAUUUUUUGCAUUCCAGGCACACAAACCCCCUCUAGUAGCCCUUUCAUAUUCAAAUUUUUGUGUGCAAAUCAAUGUCACUUCACUAGCACAUUUAGAUUCGUUUGAUCCGUAAUUUGCUUUUGUGUACAUAUGGAUUGAAUUCCUGCAUCUUCUCGUACCCUUACACUUAAUAAAAAUGAACGUGCCUGGACUUCAAAAUCUGUAUUUCCUAGACUGUUACACUUUUUUUUUCUAAGAGAUGUCUGGAAAAGUGAAACUUCAACUGGAGGAUUCCCUGUAAUGGCAGAUAAAUGUCAAAUAAAGUAACUGAAACGAUA